AUGGCUGAGUUGCUUGCGGGAGUCAAAAUCCAGUUAAAGAGUGGUGAACAGGUGGAUGCUGGUGAUUAUCUCAAGGGGAAGAUGGUGGGUCUGUACUUCUCUGCAAGUUGGUGUCCUCCGUGUCGAGCCUUCACGCCUAAACUGAAGAGAUUCUAUGAGGCAGUCAAGAAGUCUCAUCCUGAGUUCGAAAUCGUGUUUGUGUCGCGAGAUAAAGAACCUGGGGAAUUGUUUGAAUACUAUGAAGAACACAUGAGUGAUUGGACCUUCAUACCAUUUGCAGAUCCUAAAAUAGAGGAGCUAUUAAAGAAGUAUGAUGCUAGAACUAUUCCUAGUUUACGAAUAAUCAAGCCGGACGGUACUGUGGUUGUGAACGAUGCUCGGACCGAAGUUCAGGAGAAGGCUGCCGACAAUCCAGAUGCACUUUUUGAAGAAUGGGAAGCAUUCUACAUGUGA